UUCUCGAUAUUCAUUCUCUUUACUUGCGUGCCAAGCUUACUAAUACGUUACAGUGUUCCUGACUGGUAUACAAAUAAAAAAAAAUGAAGACUUCUUUUGUACUAACGUUCAUCGUGCUUUGUGCGGUUGAUGUACUUAGUGUCAACGUAGGUGCCAACAUAACGAAAUCGUGCAAAUUGCCCGAUGGUUACGUCCUCGUUCCAGGACACGGAGCUUAUAAAUUGCAUACGAACCUGGUAACCUGGGACAGCGCGAGAAAAAGUUGCGUUGAAGAAGGAGCUCACUUGGCCAUAGUGGACUCACCUGUAGAACUAACAAUUUUCCAAAUAUACCGAUCAACUAACAAUCUCAAAAGCGACUCAAAAGGCAUCUGGCUUGGUUACCACAACCAGUUUGAACUGCGCCAAUGGAUAACCGUGCUAGACGAACCGUUCGUAGCUGGCAAAAACGUUGGCUGGACUCCAUUGAUUCCGAAUAUGCCCGACAAUUAUGGCGGUAAUCAGCACUGCGCCAGACUUAUUGACGGAGGCUUGGAUGACGUUGAGUGCUUAGGAAAAUACCCAUACAUUUGUGAAAUUGCAUUAUAAAAGAGGGGCAUCAGUAGUUUAAAGUUCAAGUUUUAUUGCCAUUAAAAAAUGUACUGUAUUGGCCAUAUUUAUCAUUUAACAAACAUUGAUUUAUAAAAAUCAAAAAUAAAUCUUUUUAAAACGUCUAGGCUGUUGAUGAAAUAGACGCGCCAAAAGGGAGAGGGUAAAGGUUUCAGUGUGGGUGCAUCUCACCCUCGCUAUAAAUAGCUUAAUUUCUCCCCUUGUUGAAUAAAGUACCAAAAUGUAUUAAAAAAAAUCGUGCUUCGUAACGAGCAAUCACCUAUGAAAAAUUUAAUAUCUCGAUUGAAUUUCAUUCACACCAUCACCAGCCUAACGUCUACAAUAUUCUUUGAUAAAAUUUUCAUAUUAAACGAACAAAAAAAUCUUUAA